AUGGGGCAGCUCUUUAUGAUGGGCUUUGAUGGAACCUCGGUCAACCCUCAGAUUCGCUCCCUCAUUGAGAACUACCAUGUCGGCUCCGUCCUCUUAACUGCCAAAAACCUGAAAUCGGCAGAAGAUGCAACACGUCUGGUUCUCGAGCUACAGACCAUCGCCCGAAAUGCCGGCCAUUUGGUCCCUCUCCUGAUCGCUCUCGAUCAGGAAAAUGGCGGCGUGAACAGCCUGUACGAUGAUCAGUACAUCAGACAGUACCCCAGCGCCAUGGGCGUCGCCGCCACGGGGUCAAAACUCUUAGCACGCGAAGUGGCUAUGGCCACCGCCCGGGAGCUCAAAGCAGUAGGGGUCAAUUGGAUCUUGGGCCCCGUGCUAGACGUCUUGACCAACGUAAGGAGUCAACCUCUGGGCGUCCGGACCACGGGGGAUGACCCCCAUGAGGUAUCGCAGUAUGGCGUGGAGUAUCUGAAGGGCUACCAGGCGGGCGGGCUAGUGACGUGCGGCAAACAUUUCCCAUCGUACGGCAAUCUGGAGUUUCUUGGCUCUCAGAACGACGUUCCCACAAUCACCGAGUCCCUCGAACAGCUCAGCUUGACCGCGCUGGUCCCGUUCAGAAACGCUAUCAUCCACGGAUUGGAUGCUAUGAUGGUAGGAGGCGUUUCCAUGUCCUCGUCGGGGGUGAAUGUCAUGCAUGCCUGCCUCAGUGAGCAGGUAGUGGAUGACCUGCUGCGGAAAGACUUGAAGUUCAACGGCGUUGUUGUCUCCGAGUGUUUGGAAAUGGAGGCCCUCACCCACAACAUCGGGGUUGGCGGCGGGACGGUGAUGGCGAAAAAUGCGGGCUGCGACAUCGUCCUCCUUUGCCGGUCAUUCCGAGUUCAACAAGAAGCCAUCAACGGUUUGAAACUCGGCGUGGAAAACGGUAUCAUUGGCCGUGCGCGGAUCGAACAAUCGCUGCACCGGAUAUUGAACUUGAAGGCAAAAUGUACCUCGUGGGAGCAGGCGUUGAGCCCCCCGGGGCUCCCUUCCCUCACACAGAUGCAACCAUCGCAUACCAAUCUCUCGACCAAGGCAUAUGGCAGCUCUGUAUCCGUUGUGCGGGAUAAGAAGAAUCUGCUACCCCUUUCCAACAUAUUGGAGCCCCAUGAGGAGUUGCUGCUUUUGACCCCUCUGGUGAAACCAUUGCCAGCCUCCGCAGUGUCUCACCAGAUCACAGAACAUCUAGAUUCAUCCCUCGAUCCAGUCGUGUGGGAUCGGACUGCCUCUGUAUUGAGCGGUGAAAGUGUCUUCAAGGAGUUGGGGAGGUGUCUCUCACGACAGCGGAACGGACGUGUCCUCCAUACAUCUUAUACCGCCAAUGGUGUUCGCCCGAUACACGAGAACCUCAUCGACCGGGCAUCGGCAGUGAUUAUAGUCACCGCAGAUGCUAACCGGAAUAUGUAUCAACAUGGCUUCACCAAGCACGUAUCCAUGAUCUGUCGAUCACAGUUCACUGCGACCGGUGAACCCUGUGAGAAGCCCAUGGUUGUCGUUGCUGUCAGCUCACCAUACGAUUUUGCGACGGAUCCGACUAUCGGCACCUACCUCUGCACGUACGACUUCACGGAGACGGCGCUCGAGGCUCUCGUCAAAGUCCUCUACGGGGCGUGCACUCCGAUGGGCAUGCUUCCGGGGUCGAUUAGUCGCAGCCAAAAGCUUCAUCAAGCAAGACAGCAUUGGCUCGUGGAACAUUUCAAUGAAGAGAGGGACACUCAUGCCCUGGAUCGCUUACUGGACAUGGUCCGGGAGGACUGCGUUCUGGGACAACGCUCCGAGCUCCAAGGCGUCACGCCUCGUAGUUUUUUCUUGCGGCGGGAGGAGAUCGACGAGGCGCAUUUUGUUGUGCGCAAUAGCAGCACCCAAGCCAUCUAUGGAUUCUGUUCGACAUAUUACUUCCGAGCGACGGGGACUGGGGUUAUCGGGUCGCUGAUCGUGGACCCGACCAGGAGAAAACUCUCCAUUGGAACCUCCCUUCAUAACCGUGCCAUCCGGACGCUCCUUCAGCGCAAGGGAAUGCGACGAUUUCAGCUCGGUUCACGCCUGCCGGGAAUCUACCUAGGGAUCCCAUCGGCCAAUCCCGUUGAACGGAAGAGGUUGCGACAGUGGUUUGCCAAUCUGGGUUGGAACACGGCGCUCUCCCGGCCCGUCUGCAGUGUGGUGCUGCGGAAUCUACAAACGUGGACUCCAUCCGGCGGCUUACUGCAAGGUUUACAAAAUACGGAAGUGUCGUAUGACCUCGUGUACGGAUGGGACUAUGCGGAAUUGAUCCUUGACCAUGUCAAAACCAAUUCUCGACAAGGAGUGAUGGACAUCUACAAGUUGGCUCUUGGAGGGGCGCCAGGAUGCGGCAUAAUCCGGGCCAAGCGGCCCACGGAUGGGGCGAUCUUGGGCAGCGUGGUCGUAUAUAAUAAUCGGGCACUACUGGCAGAGCAUAUGCCGGCAUUGAAAGCCACUCAUGCGUCAGCAGGGGGCAUCUCCUCGCCGGUCAUUUCGCCGUCGGUAGGCGAGUAUGCUACGGUCAUGCAGGGGUUGGUCUUGCUGGGGAUUAAGCAGGUCCGUAAACAAGGCGCAGACGCAGUGAUCAUGGACUGUGUCGAUGGCGACAGCAAUUUCGACUGCUUGUCAGGAAUGGGAUUUCAUACGCUGCACAGUUUCGAGGAAGUCAACUGCGAUGCCGCAACGUGGGCUAUGGUGCCGGCGCCUUGA